AUGGCGAUGGUUCUCGCGCUAAGUCCUCCCUCACUUCUCGUGAGGAGUGAUGUUCGUACCGCGAAUUUCAGUGGGAGCAAGGCCGGUGAAAUCCACGGGGCAAGGCUGCGUUUCAAUCUCGGUACUGGGAAUCGUCGCUUCGAAUUGGCAGGCGAGACGUCGCGACUCUCGACGCGGGCGACGAAUCCACGGAGGAUCGCGACGAAUGCCGUGCUGGGACAGUACCAGCAGACUAACCCAAAUUAUGGAGACUUUGUAUGGGAGGAGCCUGACUGUGCCGCCGGGGGUAAAGUGGUAUCACGCAGUCAUCGCUACUCGCAUGAGAUUGUCAGGCAGGCCCUGGAAGCACUCAGCACCUACCCUGACUAUCAGCCGGAUUCCUGGGAUAUCUUAGCACGCACACCCCAAUAUUACAGUGAGGGUGCCUUCAUGGUGACAAGCGUCCCUUGGGAACUCCUGGACAGCUGGCAGCAAGAGAAUGGCCGUGAACCGCUGGAUCGAUUGCGGACGGUUGUGGGAAUGAUGUUUCUGCCGCCUGAAUCUGCCGAUGCAGCAAAGCAAUUGGUUGAGGGAGUGAUAGAAGCUGAGGGCAACAAAAUGCAGGUGAUAGGAUGGAGGGAGGUACUAGUGAAUAGGAACGUCCUGGGAAAUGGCUGGUCUUCUAUGCCCUCCAUCCACCAGCUCAUUCUUUCCACACCCAACUGGGUUGUGAACCAAUUCCCUGAUGAGGAAUUGAAUCGUCUGAAAGAGCGCACCCAUCUUGCUGCCAACGGGGAGUGGGUUGAGGUCGAGAAGUCCGAGCAAAAGAUUGUGAGGGUUCGCAUGGAGAAAGCAGAUGAGAAGAUUUCGUCAGGGCCGUCCAAGAAAGUGCACGUCUGCUCGCUUACCGACAAGUUCAUUGUGUACUAG